UUACUUUUUUUUAUUUUUUUAUUUUUUUUAUUUUUUUCUCUUAGUUUUCAGAUGCAAUAGAGACAACGGCGACAUCGAAUCCAAAAUGCCCGGUCUCUCAAAAAACACGAAUUCCUCAGCGCGGUUGUCGGCGGACAGCGCGGAGGCGGAGCGACGGUUGCGUGAGGCGGAGGAGCGAUUGAGGGAGGCCAUAGAGGAGCUCCAGAGGCGUCAGAGGACGGCGGCUAGUGGCGAUGAGCCGCCGUGCAACCACGCUGAUAACUCCUGCGUGGCCAACGCUAUUGGCAAUCUUUGCCAAAGCUUUCUACUUUCUUAUGGUGUUAGAGUAGGGAUCGGGAUUCUUCUUCGCGCUUUCAAGCUCGCCAGAGGACAGUCUUAUUCUUCGCUUCUUGAUCUCAAGCAACUUGUCUCAGAGAAAGAUUUGAUUGUGAGAGAGGAAGCAUGCCGCAUUGGUUUACUUUUUGGUGGCUUCACAGGAGCAUACCAUGCGCUUAGAUGUUUGCUAAGAAAGCUUAGAAAGAAAGAGACUCCAGUGAACGCGAUUUUAGCAGGUUCAAUAGCAGGGUUGUCUAUUUUAGCUUUGGAUGAUUCAAACCGAAGGCGUACACUUGCACUAUAUCUUUUGGCUAGAGUAGCUCAGUGCGCUUAUAAUUCUGCAAAAUCAAAAAAUAAGUUUCACUUAUGGGGAAGUCAUUGGAGGCAUGGUGACUCUUUGCUCUUUGCUUUAGCAUGUGCUCAGGUUAUGUAUGCCUUCGUGAUGCGUCCCGAAAGCUUGCCAAAAUCAUAUCAAGAUUUUAUUCAGAAGACUGGUCCCGUUGCAGCUCCUGUAUAUAAGGCUGUAAGGGAGAACUGUAGGGGUGGUCCAGUGAAUGUUGCAUCUUUGUCAGCCUACUUAUAUGGCCGAGGGAAGUCCAAUAAUGUGAUGUUGGAAGAGUUCCCAUCUAUUAUUCCUUGUUCUGUUAUUCAUCCAGACACAAGUUCUUGUCUGGGCCACAAUGCUAAGGCAGCUUCGGCUACAUUCAGGAAAACAUUUCCUCUAUACUUCUCUUUGACUUUUGUGCCAUUUGUCGUUCUGCACCUACAAAAGUUCAUGGAUACCCCUGCUCGUACUUGUUGGCUAGCUGUUAAAGGUGCUGUUCAAUCAACAUCUUUCUUGUCUGCAUUUGUUGGAAUUUUUCAGGCGGUUAUAUGCAUGCAUAGAAAGAUUGCAUCAAAGGACCACAAGCUGGUAUAUUGGGUUGCUGGUGCUUUAGCAGCUCUUUCUGUAUUACUGGAGAAAAAACCUAGACGCAGUGAACUCGCUCUAUAUGUUCUUCCACGAGCUGGAGAAUCCUUGUGGUAUAUUUUAGUAAACCGGCAACUGCUUCCUGAUGUUAAAAAUGCUGAGGUGGCCUUAUUUUGUGCAUGCAUGGGAGGAAUCAUGUACUAUCUAGAAUAUGAGCCAGACACCAUGGCCCCAUUCCUUAGGGGUUUAAUCCGUCGCUUCCUUUCUAGCAAAAUAAGCAAUUCUGGCCCUUCAGCUAAUGGGACAGCUUCCUACAACUACUUGCAGACUCUUGAUGCAAUGAAGAAGACAAAACUACUGGACAACCGAGAAGUUGAAACUACAACUCCUAAACAAUACAACCUUGAAUCUAUACAGGGGCUCUAAGCUUAUUAUUGUUGCUUAUUAUAUCAGUCAAUCAUCCAUUCAUUGCAAUUUUUAUAUUAACUUUGUUGCUAAAAACAUAUUAGUAGAACAUUACAUGAGGGGAUUAGUGAUGAUUCAGUGCCUCUAAAGGCAAAUAACUCAAAUAGAGGGAUUUAUUUGCAGUCCUGGUGUAGGAUCUUGCAACAUUUUGUGUAUUCGGUACUCCCCAGCGGGAAGAAAUGAUAUGAUGAUAAAAAGUAAAGCUUUUAUGCAAAGGAUGUGCCUUUUCUAAGUAACAUCAGUUGCAUUCUAUUCUAUGGUUCA